AUGAAGCCAGUAAUUGAUGAAAAGAAAGGGAAGGUGACAAUCCGGGCCGAGUGCCGAGCAGAUGAAGGCAGAAAGCACGUCGAGAAAAUGGAGAUACCAACUCACAGUGUGGACACAGUAAAAUACGUUGAAAGAAAACUUAUUGACAAGGGCGUGCAAAGGCAAGAGCGCCACCCGGCGGAUGGGCUGCCACUGAAGCAUGAUCCCAAGAAAGGGCACGGUGGGAAGUACACGUGGGAAGGACCGGAGAAGGAGGCUGAGCUGGAGGUAGCGCCACCUGCUAUAGAUGAGAAGGAUCCGAACUACGUGGAAGAAGAAGAAGGGGCAGAGGGAGAGGACGAGGAAGUGAAGAAUCUGGUGGUUGGUGAAGUUGAGGUGGCUAAGGUGGCGAAGGAAGGAGUUGCGAGGAUUGAGGUCGAGCCUCACUCGAAGGUUAACUGA